GCGCCGUCCAAGUAACAUUUUAAAUACACUUAGAUUUUAAUAGUAUUAAUUACUUUCACUAGUCGAAUUUCUCAAAACGACAUCCAGAACGAUUAAGUCUAGCAGAUUCAGCCUCAGGGGGACCUCCGCCCUACCAAACCACUGAACCCCCCUUUGGAGAAGGAGGUCAGACAGCAGAAGGUGCAAUCCUGCAAAGAUGUCACCUGGAAAGCCCUCAGUCAGCAUUGUGAACUUGGGGAGAGUUGCUUACCGCAGUGCCCUACAGAUACAGCAGCAAUACAUCAGACAGCAUUUUGAUUCUUCAAGCCAAACUCCAAACACUUUACUCUUGUGUGAACAUGAUCCUGUUUACACUAUUGGCAUUCGGAGAGCACCGUACCCUGCUGAAGAGGAGCAGAGGCUGAAAGAUCUGGGUGCAGAAUUCUUUCGAACAAACCGUGGAGGUCUUAUAACCUUUCAUGGACCAGGGCAGAUGAUGUGUUAUCCUAUUCUUAACCUGAGCUGCUUUAAGAAGAGUGUGAGGUGGUAUGUGUAUGAACUGGAACAAACAGUGAUUAAGAUGUGUGGCAAGUUUGGAAUUAAAGCCACCACCUCACCAGACACUGGUGUCUGGGUUGGAAAUAACAAAAUAUGUGCAAUUGGUAUCCACUGUGGUAGAUACAUCACUUCUCAUGGUUUGGGACUGAACUGCAACACAGACAUGAGCUGGUUUGACCACAUUGUGCCCUGUGGUAUUGUGGGAAAAGGGGUCACCUCACUCAGCCAAGAGCUUGGCCGGGAUGUCACAAUCGAAGAGGCAGCUCCGUUGUUACUACAGGCUUUUAGUGAACAGUUCAACUGCACGCUGAGCCGAGUUUCUGCAAAACCACUGAAUGUCUGUGUUCAGACAAAACAGACUUUAAAUCGAUAAAUACUGUAGGUCCAUUCCCUCAUGGCUAACUCUCAUAAAAUAUUAAAUGUUUUGCCAAACCAUAGUGAAUAUCACUGUCUCCUGAUUUAUACGCUCACCUGCUACAAUGGGAACACAUUUUAUUUAACCAAUAUGUUUGAGUAGAAAUAUUGAGCAGUGUCUUUUUUUUUUUCAUGGAUUUUUAUUUAUGCUUUAGUUGCUAUAUGUAGGUAACUGUGUAGUACAUGUACACUAUAUAGGCAGUUCUACAGGAAUGCCAUGUUUUAACUGCUACUGUUUUGAAUAUUAAAGGGCUGAUGACACGAA